AACUAAUCAAACGCUUUUCACAAGAUUCUCGUGGAGAGACGUGGAGAAGAGACAUGACAGGGUCACACAAAGAACUCGCUGCGCACCUCACGGGAAAAACGCUCCGCGUCACACUUACGCGACUACAGCCUUCCCAAUACAGGGAGUCUCUGAAAAGCGACAUGGCGCUUUCACCGCCAGCCGCAUCUCUUCUGCAUCGCAUGGAAACGGAAUCGCCGCAAGCAAAUGGACCAUGUGCUGAUGUUUCAAAGGACAGCCCCAGCCACGAGGAGGCGGUGGCCCGUCUGGAGGAGAGCUCAGAGGCCACGGAGGUGUACGACACCGAGUGGUGGCAGGCAGAUGGCCUCGAAGACGACGAGUCCCCCGUGCACAUAACCGCCGAGUACAGCGGCUGGAGGACGGCACCGUACCAGCGCACCCCAAGUUUCAUGACGCCCUCGGCUGUACGCCACAUGGAUACCUCUAAACUCACACCGUCUGCAUGCGGGGAACCAGGCACUUUCUUCUCUCCCUCUCGUCUCCUUGAAGACAGAAGCGUUCACAGCCUGCCCUGCCUUUACGACGUGGAGCAAACCUUCCUCGAGAAAUUUCCCGAGUUGAAGUGUGUGGGCCAGGAUGCAUCAAACGAUGUCGCCGAUGCGGCCGAUGCUGUGAAGGUCGCUGCCAUCAUUUUGCAAAAGGCCAUAAAACGGGACUCAAUAAUGAGACGAGAAAGACACAAGCUCCAGGUAGACGUAUUGCUCCUGAAGAAGGCUAAACUUAAGUUAGCUUUAGAGAGAAGAAGCAGAAUGGUCAUUUAGGGAAGUGUCAUGAGAACUCUGGAACUCUUUCUAGUUCAGCAGGUUUAUGAGGCCGUCCAACACAAUGACAAAAAACAAAUGCAAGUUUAUUCUACGUUAUGCUAAGAAUGUUUUACUACUUUCUGUCGAAAACGUUGUCUAAAAUAUUUACUCUCAACUACUGCGAUAUAUAGAAUAUUGUCAUACAUUUAACUUUAUAUUUCGCAUCACCCUAAUAUGUUAAAAUCGAUAUUAGGUGGACUUAGCUGAAAGCACAUGAAUGACUGGAAAAAGAACCGCGUGCAAUUUCAAACAAUCAGAUGGUGCCCGUAAAUGGAGCUGAACCAUGUAUCGUCGGUGUAUUCAAAAAACCUCGAAGACUUCAGGAGAAAUGCAGCA